GAAAAAGAAGAGAAGGUGAGAAAAAAAAAUCAAGAGUGGGAAUUUAAAUAUCAUAUCAUAUACUCCUUUGAGUAGUAAUAGUAUAGCUAAAGAUGAGUAAUGAAAAGAAGUAUUCUAGGCUUCCUUCUCUGAAAGGAGGAAGAAGAAGAAAGAAGUAUAGCCAUGGCCUCUCUCCAUCUCAGUAUCAAGCUCUGGCUUCCAUCUGUGAAGCUCUCAUUCCUCCACAGCCUCCACCAGCCACUGGUGAUGAUCCCAAGUCCCUUUCUUCCUUCUACAGCUCUUCUGCCUCUGACCCUCCUUUCCCUGAUGAGACAGCAGAGGUAGUGCUGGGGAGGCUCAUACCUAUAGCAGGGAUUAUAUUCAGAUGGGUUCUAACUCUGCUAUCAACCAGACUGGGAAGUCUUCUGCUCUGUGGCUUUGUUUGUUUAAAUGGAAGGUGGCCCUUCAUUUACAAAUUCUCUGAACUGUCCUUGAAGCAAAGGGAAGCUGUUCUCCAAAAAUGGUCAAGAGAUGGCAUCUUCAUCCCCUUAAGAAUUGCAUUCAUGGUUACCAAGAUUGCCUGCUGUUAUGUUUUCAUUUCUUGGACUGAUGAACAUUCAAGGAAUCCAGCAUGGGAAGCAAUAGGUUUCCAUCCAGACAUCAAUGAAGAAGAUGCUCUAUGUGAACAAAAACAGAGAGAGAGGCCAUUAGACAAGGGUAUAAUCGAAACCAUUAAUGAAAAUGAUAUAACAACCUUCAAAGAAUCCCUAAUCAAGAAAGGCCUUGACGUCACAGAAGGCCAGAAUCCCGAAACCCUAACAAUCAAAUGCGACGUCGUAAUAGUCGGUUCCGGCUGUGGCGGCGGAGUGGCGGCGGGGGUCCUUUCCAACUCCGGCCUGAAAGUCGUCGUCCUCGAGAAAGGUCAAUACUUCGUCCCCGAAGACUAUUCAGGGAUCGAGGAACCUUCGAUCGGCGAACUGUAUGAAUCCGGCGGAAUGUUGACAACCGUAGACGGGAAAAUCCUGAUUGUGGCCGGAACAACCGUCGGCGGCGGAUCUGCGAUAAACUGGGCGGCUGCGAUUAAGCCACCGAAGGAGGUGCUUGAAGAAUGGUCCGUCGAAAAAAAGAUUCCACUUUUUGGAACCUCUGAAUACCAAUCGGCCAUGGACGCCGUCUGUAAACGGAUGGGCGUUACUGAGGUUUGCUCCAAGGAAGGACUUCAGAACCGAGUCCUGAGAAAAGGGUGCGAAAAUCUCGGACUGGAUAUCGAGUAUGUUCCCAGGAAUUCUUCAGAGAAGCAUUACUGCGGAUCUUGUGGUUAUGGCUGCCGAACGGGUGAAAAGAAGGGCGUUGACUCGACGUGGUUAGUUGACGCCGUUAACCGGGGUGCCGUUAUCUUGACAGGUUGUAGAGCAGACAAGUUCAUCCUAGAGGAUAUGGAAGAAGGUGAAAACAAGAGAAAAAAGUGCUCAGGGGUCAUGGCUACCGUUACCGGUUUCACAAAGACACUUGGGAAAAAAAGCCCAGUCCUUAGAAUUGAAGCGGGUACCACAAUUUCAGCUUGUGGGUCCCUCUACACGCCACCUCUGCUAAUUGCCAGCGGGCUGAGGAACAAGAACAUUGGAACCAACCUACACCUCCAUCCGGUCCUCAUUGCAUGGGGAUACUUCCCGGAGUCCACAUCAGACUUGGAAGGAAAAUGUCAUGAGGGAGGAAUCAUCACCUCCAUACACAAGGUGGUCUCGGAGGGGGAAGGGGGCCGAAAACGAACACAAGCCAUCAUAGAAGCCGCCGCGAUGGGCCCCUCAAUAUCCGCAGCGCAGUUUCCCUGGACUUCGGGGGCAGACAUGAAGGAGAGGAUGAGGAAAUACUCACGGACGGUUUUCUUAUUCUCGUUGCCCAGAGAUGUGGGAUCGGGGUCAGUGAAGAAAGUGGGCCGGAUAAAAUACCGUCUGGCCCAGAUAGACAAAGAGAACAUAAGAGCGGGCUUGAGACAGGCCUUGCGGAUUAUGGUUGCGGCAGGGGCAGUUGAGGUCGGGACGUUCCGAAGCGACGGGCAGAGAAUUGCAUGCAAAGGCACGGUGGACAAGGACGAGGAUUUCGAGAGGUUCUUGGACGGAGUGACAGUGCCUGGCGGGGUCCAGGCCUUCGGAGAGGAAAAAUGGGCCUUGUAUUCUUCAGCCCAUCAGAUGGGGAGCUGUAGGAUGGGGGCAAAUGAGGAAGAUGGGGCAGUUGACAGCAAUGGUGAGUGCUGGGAAGCCAAGGGACUUUACGUGUGUGAUGGAAGUGUGCUUCCCAGUGCAGUUGGAGUGAAUCCAAUGGUCACCAUCUUGUCAACUGCUUAUUGCAUCUCUAAUAGAAUAGCCAAGACACUCACUGCAGGAGAUAAAAAGAAUAUGUAGAUGCAUUCAUGUUCACAAUAAGAAAGAGCAUCUCUUUUUCCCUAUUAUUCAUAUUUUUCAACAAUGAAUCAAGAAUUUAGUGUAUGCUGUGAUUCUGUAGUAUAAUUUAUACUCGUACUAUACAUUUUUAUAAUUGUUUUUAUCAAUAAAACAAAUGGUUUCCCAUCAUCAUUUCAUGAUAAACACUUCGAUUUGGGUAGACCGGUCUGGUUUAAAUUCCAAUAUGUGUA